UCCAAGUGAAACAAAUACAACGGACGUAAACAAGCGCCUAACAACAUUCGAGUUGUUUAAUUGCGACCAUAUUUUUUUUUACACUGACUGCAUGUUUUAUCAACUAAAACUAUUAGAUUAUUUUUUGGCCGUUUGUAGUUUUUUAUUGAUGUUUUCCCGAGCAGGAUGUCUAUCUCGAGCAGCGUGGACCGGUUGCCGAAGAAUGGGGAAUUUUACGUCAUCCAUUACAGGAAGAUCAUCCAGUACUGCCUGUGUGCAAUAUGUUAAUGAAGUGGUGUCACAGAACUGUGUUGUGAUAUUUUCCAAGACCACGUGUCCAUACUGCAAAAUGGCCAAAAAUGUGUUCAAUGAAAUAGGUGCCACUUACAAAGUUAUUGAACUUGAUGAACACGAUGAAGGGAGGAGACUACAAGAGGCCUUAGCCCAGGUGACUGGUGCUAGAACGGUGCCAAGAGUCUUCAUUAAUGGAAGCUGUAUUGGGGGUGGCUCCGAUACCAAACAGCUCCAUCAGCAGGGCAAGUUAGUGCCCCUUAUCAAACAGUGUGCUCCCUGCUGUGCUGCAAGCAACUCUGAAGGCUCAGGCAGUGGACAGUUUGCAAAAUGACUAACCGUUUUGCUUUCUUUCAAGCAUGUAUUUAUUGAAUGUUUCCUCUGAAUUGUGUAUGACUUGAACACAGUUGUUUUUAUUUAUCAAAGUGCACUGAAUACUUGAUGCAUGACACACAUGUUUAUCCCACAAUUUACAGCAUUCACAUGAUGUGCUUCAACGUGUGUAUGGUUUGAACACAGUUGUUUUUAUUUAUCAAAAUACACAUGAUGUAAAAAUGAUCUAAUUAAAUUUCCAUUGG